AUGGCAUACUUUCACGCCCAAAUGAGCCUGAGCGCCCUCGCCGGCCUGGCAUUCAUCCUCUUCACCGCGCUCCGCUUCAUCAUCGCCGGCCUGACGAACCCGCGCCGGCACAUCCCAGGCCCAUGGUGGGCCAAGUUCACGUCGGUGCCCAUGAACUACCACCGGUGGCGGGCAGACAAGUUCAGAUGGGCGCACCCGCUGCACCAGCGCUACGGGUCGGUGAUCCUCAUCGCGCCCAACGAGAUCUCGGUCGGCAGCCUGGAGGGCCUGCAGACGGUGCACAAGAUGGGGACGGGCUUCACCAAGGGCGCCUUCCACGUCAACUUCCGCAUCGGGCCCGAGCCCUCCCUCUUCGACAUGACCGACGCCAAGGCCCACGCCGAGCGGAGGAGGCUGUUCAGCCGCGCCUUCACGGCGCAGUCGCUGCGGCAGAACUGGCAGCCCGAGGUGCGGAGGCUGGUCGAGAAGGCGGUGGGGAGGAUCAGGGAGGACGCUUCGUCCGGAGAGGGCGGGGCCGCCGACGUGGCCAAGUGGUGGAAGUUCAUGGCGAGCGACGUCGUGUCGCGGCUGAGCUUCGGCGAGGCGUUCAACAUGCUGGACGGGCUCGACAGGGCCGACAUGCGGUUCUGGGCGGCCCUGCGGACCCUGGGGCAGGCCAUCCUGCUGCGGCAGUACGUGUCGCCCGAGACCAUCGACGUGCUCGCGAGGGUGCUGCCCGUGGCGUGGCUGAGGCGCGUGGCCGCUGCGAAGCAGGCCAUCUACGACCAGGGGAGCAUCGCCGUCGAGAACAUGAGGAAGAAGGACGGCGACACGAGGAACAUCUUCUACAAGAUCGUCGAGGAGGCCGACCACAAGGAGGCGUCCGGGCUGACGGACGACGCCGUGCGCUCCGAGGCGGCGACUUUCAUGAUCGGCGGCGCCGAGACGACCAGCGCGGCGCUGACGUAUCUCACGUGGGCGAUAGUGAGGCGGCCCGGCCUGCAGAGGAGGAUCGAGGACGAGGUCGCCGGCCUGAAGCCAGACUUCACUGACGAGGACCUCGAGGCCUUGCCGCUGCUGAACCGCGUCAUCAACGAGAACCUGAGGCUGUACAACCCCACCGCCGGCGCGAACGCCCGGACAUGUCCCCCAGGCGGAGCAACCAUCGACGGGGUUUACAUACCGGGAGGGUCCGUCGUGUGCACAUUGGGCUAUGCGGUCCAUCGCAUCCCAGAGAUCUUUCCCAAUGGUGGCGAGUUCGACGAAACCCGCUUCGAGAACCCAUCCCCCGAAGUCAAAGCCGCGUUUUCGACCUUUAUGAUAGGAUCCCGCGCUUGUAUCGGCAAGAACCUCGCGAUGAUGGAGCUGCGACUGGCCGGUGCCUUGCUCUUCAGGGAGUGCAGGGGCCUGCGCCUUGCCGCGAGCUGCACCGACGAUUCGAUGCAGCAGGUUCAGUGGGUGUUCACGGGGCCGAAAGGUGGGAAGUGCGAAAUGACUUUAUAA